UUUUUUGGGGUAUCAGAUUUGUUAAGAAUCAUCAUCAUCAUCCUUGUCUCCUCUCCUGCCGAUCAAAACGCAUCCAUCACAAAAAGGGGGGUUAUCGAGUGGAGAUGCUAGGAGAAUGUGGCAAGCCAUCCAAGCCAGAGAAACCGGUCGGACCCCUUGCAAUUCGUUCGCGAACCAACUCAAAUCACGCCGCAUCUCCUCUCUCCAACUCUGUAAUCGCAAAGAUUUCGUUUCUCCUCACCGUGGCGCCGUCAACUCCCUUCAGGUUGAUUUGACGGAAGGGAGGUACUUGCUCUCAGGAGCAUCAGAUGGUUCAGCUGCCGUGUUCGAUACUCAGCGCGCGACUGAUUCCGAGGCAAGUGGUCUAAUUGAGAAGCACAAGUGUGUAUUUAGUGUGGACAAGGGGCAUGAACACGGGCAUAGAUUUGCCGUUUCUUCUGCUGUUUGGUAUCCCAUUGACACUGGGCUCUUCGUUACAGGUUCUUUUGAUCAUCUCAUCAAAGUCUGGGAUACCAAUACUGCUCAGGCGGUUGUGGAUUUUAAGAUGCCUGGGAAGGUUUAUAGAACUGCCAUGUCUUCUUUGGCUAUGUCUCACACCCUUAUUGCUGCUGGCACUGAGGAUGUGCAGGUUCGCCUCUGUGAUAUAGCUUCUGGAGCUUUCUCUCACACCCUAUCUGGUCACCGUGAUGGUGUUAUGUCGGUGGAAUGGUCUACUUCCAGCGAGUGGGUUUUGUACACUGGGGGAUGUGAUGGUGCUAUACGCUUCUGGGACAUUAGACGUGCUGGUUGUUUCCGUGUUUUGGAUCAAUCAGUUACACAACUUGGGGUUCGUCCACCGAUUUUAAAGCAUUCAGCGGUUAGCACUAAGGUUUCAGCUGAAAAAUCUUCUUCUGGGGCCAAAAAUAGGUUGAAGACACUGCAUAGUAAACACACGGGGAGCCAGAAUAUGAAGGGAUCAUCUAGCGCUAGACCUUCAGUGGAAAAGGCUAGACAGAAGAGACUUCAUCCUGGAAUGUUGUCUACUCUAGAUCGUGCUACGGCUCAUUAUGGUGUUGUUACUGGAUUAAAGGCAACUAACGAUGGGAUGUACCUUCUUAGUGCUGGGUCGGAUUCAAGAAUAAGGCUGUGGGAUACUCAAUCCGGAUGCAAUACACUUUUGAACUUUGAAACUGGACGCCUUCAGACCAGCAAAGCGAUUCAGAUGGCUACAAGUGAUGAUCCAGCUCUUGUAUUUGUUCCAUGCAUGAAGACUGUGAAGGCUUUUGGCAUGUGGUCGGGUAGAACAACACUGAUGUUUCGUGGACACUACGAAAGCGUGAACACUUGCUGCUUUAAUUCCACUGAUCAGGAACUAUACACAAGUGGUGCAGAUAGACAAAUACUCGUGUGGUCACCAGGUGGAUCCGUCGAAGGAGAAAUGGACCAAGAUGAAGAAGCUGCCGAAGAUAAAGACAAUUGGAGUGACUAAAAAUCAAAGUCCCGAGCAGUCUUCUUUCUUCCAUGUUCGUUGUACCUACCGUGUUUAAACUCUACAAUGCGGUUUUCGAUGGUGUGUUGUGUAAAACGAAAUGUUUGCUAGUUAAAUAGAGUUUGUUCAUACUA